UACUCCAAGUUGUUCAACCCUGUUUAAGUUAGUACAAAGUCAGUGGGAGGAAUUAAAAAAAUUAAACGCGCUGCGCCGUCCCUAUUGUUUGCCCUAUUUUCGCUGUUUUAAUCGAUUCGGAAGCCGCAAUGCUGGACAACCUCGUGGAAUUCGCCAACUACUGGUGGUUCCGAUACCUCAUGGUCACCGAGCUGUACAUGGUGGAAAAGUGGGAGCGCAUAACAAUACACGUCAUUUUCAUGGUGCUCUUCUGCGUGUUCUGGUACUUCAACUACUCCAUACUGCUCUCCCUGACCGGAUUAAUAGGCCCCAGUGCCUCCAUGGCGGAUAUAUUGCCCGGGGUUCAAGGACAGGGCCUCAAGGUCACCUAAGAGACCGCCCAUUCGUGCGUACCGCUCUCCUCCGUUCCAAUAUUAUCCAAAAUCGCCGCGAAGCUUUAUCUAAUCCACACGCGUUUACACACCGCAAUCAGUCAAUGGGAAGAAAGUACGGUACGGGCGGCACUUUUACAUACAUAGGCGACAUAUGUCCAAAGGGGCGAUCUAAUCGUCGUCCGAUCCGAAUCUGAAGUGGACAACACCUGGCGGGCGGCUGUCCAUCAAAUGCUGCCCCACUGUUUAAUGUAGUUAUCAUCUAGGUCUAGUUACACGUUUAUAAUCAGUAAAUAAAUCGAACGCUUUACACGAUCGCGCACUGUGAAAAAGUUCAAAAAUGAUAAA